UAAGGAACAUAUCACAUUCUUGGGGUUUUGCAAUGGGGAUGGAAAUUGAAGAACAACAGGUUGAGUCACUCUUUUCCAUGGGGAAGAAGCUGUAUGUCAAAAACUUCAUUUGGUCAGAGGAGGAACGACCAGGAAUUAAUCACAAUGACUUUGCAAAAGAGGAGGACAUUCCUGUCAUAAGUCUGCAGGGAAUCAUGGAAGUGAAGCCACAAGACAUGGAUUGUUAUGAAAAGGUGUGUCGUGACAUGGUGGAUGCUGGUGCCGAAUGGGGGUUCUUCAGGCUGGAGGAUCAUGGGGUUGCUAUAGAGAUACUAGAGAAUGCAAAAAUGCAAUUGAAUAAGCUUUUUGAUCUUCCCAUGGAGCUGAAGCUGAAGGAAGUCUUGCAGCUACUUCAGUCCCCAGAACAUGUAGUUUCUUUAGCCAAAAGGGUGUUUCCUGGUCAACAUCAUCCAUUCAGUGAGGCAAUAAUUAAGUACAUGCACCAAUUAGAUCGGCUAGGGAUGAGAAUUUUUGAGAUGUUAGCACAUGGUUUAGGCCUUCCUGAUGCCUUCUUUACAAAGAAUUUUGAAAAGAAAGAAGCUACAAUAUUUAGGCCUAGCAGAUGCCUUCCAUGUCCUCUCCCUGAAAAAUGUCUAGGACUGGGAAACCAUUCUGACCCUCAUACCUUGACAAUAUUGUUACAAGAUGAUGAUGUUGGUGGUCUCCAGAUUCUUGGGGAUGACAAUCAAUGGGUUGGAAUCCGUCCCGUCCCUAAUUCAUUCAUUGUCAACUUAGGCGACACUCUAGAGGUAUGGACUAAUGGGGUAUUAAAGAGCAGAGCAGUGCUGAACAAAGGGAAUCAAAGGCAAUCAGUAGCAUAUUUCCUCAGCCCAACAAGUAGUGCCAUGAUAGACUCUCGUCCACAGCUGGUUGAUCCAAUCCACAAUGCUUGGAAGUUCAAGCCCUUCACCUGGGGAGAUUUCAGAAAUGAACUCAUAUCUCAAAAGAGGGUUGUGGGUAAAACCGCCCUCAACAGAUAUCUCAUAACACAAUGAGAGCUCACUAGUAACACAGAAUAUUAUAUUUUUUUCUGCAACAUAAUAGAUGCUGCUAGUAUUUCAACUUUUGAUGUUGAUAAAAUUGCUCUACUUUU